ACCGAUGAAAGACAUACAAAGAAGAGUGUAUACUUAGCCCAUCAUACAAUUAUUCGAGAAGAGAAGGAAACUACAAAAACGCGUGUCGUGUAAGGGUACCAAUGGUUUCUCUUUAAACGACGACCUCCUUGUUGGGCCAGUUUUACAAGAAGAUUUGAGAAGUUUGAUAAUGAGAUGGCGUGUGCACGCUGUAUGCUUCGUCUCAGACAUUCACAAAAUGUAUAGGAUGAUUCUAACAACUAAAGAAGAUUCCGACUAUCAGAGAAUUUUAUGGAGAAGUGGCAGCGACAAGGAAAUAGAAGAUUACCGUCUCCUAACAGUAACUUUCGGAACAGCUUCAGCUCCAUAUCUGGCAGUUAAAACGUUGAAACAGCUGGCUAUAGAUGAAGGAGACGAGUUUCCUGUUGCAGCAAAGAUGAUCACAGAAGACUUCUACGUCGACGACCUGAUGUCCGAAUGUGACACUAUCGAACAAGCAAUAGAAGCCAGCAAACAAUUGCAAGAAGUUAUGCAAAAAGGAGGAUUUCAGCUCAAGAAAUGGUCAUCCAAUAGUGUCGAGUUUAUGCGAAGUUUGAAGCCCGAAGAUAGAUCAGUUAACGCACAUAUUGAUUUAAACAUGGAUGGCACGAUCAAGGCACUUGGUGUUCAAUGGAACAUGGGAACAGAUCAAUUCGAGUACAACCUUAAUCUUCCAGAGGUAACUAAUCAUAUCAGCAAACGAACCAUUUUGUCUGAUAUCCAGAAACUGUUUGAUCCUCUGGGCUGGAUCUCACCCUGUGUCCUGAUGGCUAAAAUACUGAUACAGAAGUUGUGGCUGGCAAAGGUGAAUUGGGACGAGGAACUUAGUCAACCCUUAAAAGAUGAAUGGCUUCGAUUAAGAGUAGACUUGAGACAGGUCAAUGAGGUCCGUAUUGAUAGAUGGCUGGACACUUUGAGCACUGAAGGAGCAAAUAUUCAGAUACACGGUUUCAGUGACGCCUCUAUCUCCGCUUACGGUGCAGCCGUUUACAUUCGAGUAGAAAAGGCAGACGGUACAGUCAAAACAAGGUUAAUCGCUUCGAGAACACGAGUCUCUCCAGUGAAACCUGUCUCUUUACCUAAAUAUUGUUAA